AUGGUAGGGGCGCAGGCUCGUGGCCCGAGCGUUCUUAUCUCGCUUGCCCUGGGUAGAGAGGUGGUGUUGGAACAGCCUAGAGUUUCUCUGGGACGGUUUGCGCAAGCCAUUGACAGCGGGAAAAAACCAAAGCUGCAAGUGAAGAAAAAAAAGCUUCUGGCCACCAAUGCAGGCUGGCGUCGCUCUCGCCGGGAGCCAGAUUGGGCGAGAGAGAGAGGGGGGGCCAGGCGGCAGAGGCAGAGUCCAGAUCAGUCUGGUGGUGAGGGAUUGGGGCCACACAGGGGAUAUUGGGGCGACGAUGAUGAUGAAGAAGAAGAAGACGAAGAAGAAGAAGAAGAAGAAGAAGAAGAAGAAGAAGAAUUUGGUUGA